UGCGUAUUCAGACCCAGAUAAACAUCGGACACCCUGAAGAAUCCAAUCCAACUUGGUAAUCCAAAGCUCGUCUGAAACACGCCGAAUAUCACAUGCGCUCCCCACCGGCUAUGCAGAAUUGUCCCACUUUCCCCCACUGACCGCUAUAAAAGCGUGAGAAACACCCAGCUUUCAACCUUGACUUGGACUUUAAGGAUCUCUGAAUAUGGCUACCGAAAUUGGAGGGACCAAAAUCACGUUUGGCGAUCCGCGCCAACCGAAGGCCCUGCCUCUAUCCCAUCCCAAAGCGCGCUGGGGCGAGUUUGGGAGAAAAACAACGGUUCUUCCCAAGGGGUAUGUGAGAAGACGAGGAUGCUUGCCAUUGCCGUGCGAUAUACUGUUUGAUCGCGAUAUAGCAGUGCGCCUGCGUGACGGGGUAGUGAUUUAUCUUGAUGUCUACCGACCCGUGAAUGACGUGCUGAAGAUUCCGGCUUUGCUGGCGUGGUCGCCGUACGGAAAGCAGGGCGGCCGUGGGAAUCAGGUCCUCGACGACUUUCCGUUUCGUAUGGCGGUUCCACUACGCAAGUUGUCGGAACUUCAAAAAUGGGAAGGCCCCGAUCCGGCAUACUGGGUGCAGCAUGGAUAUGCGGUUAUCAAUGCCGAUCCGCGCGGAGUAGGCAAAAGCGAAGGCGAUAUCUAUCAUUUCGGGUCCCAGGAGGGCCGGGAUGGGGCAGAUGUGGUGGAUUGGAUCGGAGAGCAGCCCUGGUGUUCUGGCAAAGUGGGCUUAAGUGGAAAUUCAUACUUGAGCAUUUCCCAGUGGUUUAUUGCAGCGGAAAGACCCAAAUAUCUUGCAGCCAUCGCACCGUGGGAAGGACUGUCGGAUCUCUUUGGUGAAGGCCUGGCCCUCGGAGGCACUAUCACGACGCCAUCUCUGAAUUUUGAUCUUCAGCUACUCCAAGUCAAUGCCGGGGAAAACUCAUGGGAAAAUGCCACGCAAAUGGUUAUCGAUCAUGACGUAUUUGGGCCGUAUCACGAUGACAAAAGGGCGAGAGUAGAGAACAUCAAUGUUCCCGCCUAUGUCGUGGCUAGCUGGUCGAACCCGAUUCAUACAUUCGGCACUUUCUGCGCCUAUAUGAAGCUCACCAGUGAGAAGUGGCUGCGUGUUCAUGACACCUGGGAAUGGCCAGAUUACUACGAUGAAGUCAAUCGGACCGAUCUGCACCGCUUUUUUGACCGGUAUCUUAAGGGGAUUGACAACGGCUGGGAGAAGACUCCGAAAGUCCGUGUGAAAAUAAUAGAUACAGCAAUCCCGACGACGAGACAAGGAGUCGACAUGACAUUUUCCGCCUUUCCGCCACCGCAAAGUAUCCCUAUGAAGCUCUUCUUUAACGGGAUGGAUGGAAGCCUUAGCGCCGCUUACCCACCAAGCUCUCGGGUGGAAUAUCAGGUGAAAACCGGGGGCUGCGAGUUCAUAUACAAGUUCGAAACAGACGCCGUCCUGUGCGGGCCGAUUGACCUCUGUCUCGCCGUUUCGCUUGCAGAAGCCGCCGACUCUGAUAUCUUUAUCACCUUUGAGAAAAUCCUGACCUCGGGAUAUGUGGGUUCACAGCUGAUUGUUCCAUAUGAGAGGCUGUAUCAGUCGUUCCUGAUACGUGCUGCCAACCGCGCAGGCCUUGCACCCGAAACACAGGUGCUUUUCUACAAAGGCCCAGCGGGCCAGGCACGACUAUCACGCCGGGAACCUCAUCCGCAUGACAAUAUCCCUGGGUUCAGGAAGGCCAAUAUGGAGGUUCGCACAUUCGUUAAGCAGCACGAGACUGUGCUGUUCAGACCAUCUGUCGGGCCAAUCGGGAUGAACUUCGCCAAAGGUGAACAACUUCGUCUUCGAGUAUCGGGCCAAAAUCCGGCCGUCUUCCCACCCGUUGACCAGGCUACGCUCACCGUAGACAAUUUCCAAAAUCCGAACGAAACCGGGGUUGUCAGUAUCCAUUGCGGGACAUAUGAUAAAAGCGGAUCCUACGUAACGCUUCCGCUUCUUUCACAGUGUUAAAAGCUACCACCACCUCUCAAUCAGGGGGGGGGAUCCUGAGAAAAUCUCGAGUUUGGUUUUUAGGUUUCAUGUAGGGGGUUGGGCGGAGAAUUCAUCGAGUCCGUUUCUUUGUAAUGGCAUACCUUUGGGUCGCUCUAGAACAUGGGAUCGCAAGGUCAAAUUAGCGAGGCUCUUUGUUCCCUUCCAGAGUCUCUUGCUCAAUCGGGGAAACCGAAAAUCGAGAUCUCCCGG